AUGCCCGUGCCCCGAGAUGUCUCAUCACAUCUGAGCCUGUACGCCUGGCUGGCAACUCUGGCUGCUCUUUUACCACUGGGGGCCAGAGGCCGCCUCCUGGAUGCACCUGCUCUUGGCCCUCUGCCUUCAGAUGGUCCAGCUGCCCCGUCUCAUUGUUAUGUCUGCAUACGUAUUUUUCCUCAAGUCUGUGUCUAUGUAAACAAACAUGGAAACUUUGGCCCUCACCUGGAUCCUAAGAGAAUCCAGCAGCUGCCUGACCACUUUGGCCCAGGCCCCGUGAAUGUGGUGCUUCGCCGGAUUGUGCAGGCCUGUGUGGAUUGUGCCCUUGAAACUAAAACUGUUUUUGGAUACCUGAAGCCAGAUAAUCGUGGAGGAGAAGUGAUAACUGCCUCCUUUGAUGGGGAAACUCAUUCCAUCCAGCUCCCUCCAGUGAACAGUGCAUCAUUUGCUCUUCGCUUUCUUGAGAACUUCUGCCACAGUCUGCAGUGUGAUAACCUUUUGAGUAGCCAGCCUUUUAGUUCUUCCAGGGGUCAUACUCACAGCUCUGCAGAGCAUGAUAAAAAUCAGUCAGCAAAAGAAGAUGUAACAGAAAGGCAAAGCACCAAACGAUCUCCUCAGCAAUCUGUACCAUAUGUUGUUCCUCUCUCUCCUAAGCUCCCCAAAACAAAGGAGUAUGCAUCUGAAGAACCAUUGUUUGCUGGGAGAAAUGCCAUUCCCAAAGAGGAAAAUCUUUCAGAAGAUUCUAAGAGCUCAUCACUAAAUUCAGGAAAUUGUUUGAGUCCUGCCUGUAGAAAUCCUAUGUAUAUUCAUACUUCAGUCUUCCAGGAUUUUUCUCAAAGUGUGCCAGGCACCACAAGUUCACUACUAGUUGGGGACAAAUCAUCCCCCAAGAGCAUUCCCCAUGAAGUUAAAUUCCAAAUGCAGAGGAAAAGUGAAGCUCCAAGUUAUAUAGCUGUACCUGAUCCCAGUGUCCUGAAACAAGGCUUCUCUAAGGACCCUUCAACCUGGUCUGUGGAUGAAGUGAUACAGUUUAUGAAACAUACAGAUCCUCAGAUAUCAGGCCCCCUCGCCGACCUCUUCAGGCAACAUGAAAUUGAUGGGAAGGCUCUGUUCCUACUCAAGAGUGAUGUGAUGAUGAAGUAUAUGGGGCUGAAGCUGGGGCCAGCAUUAAAGCUGUGUUACUACAUUGAAAAACUUAAAGAAGGAAAAUACAAUUGAAAAAAUUAUGUGUAAGUUUAGAUUGGACAUAA